AUUGACCACUCCAUUAUUGAGAGUUUUGGGGAUGAAGGGAGAGUUUGUAUCACCAGCAGAGUUUAUCCAUUAUUGGCUACAGACAAAGAUGCUCAUCUUUAUGUAUUUAACUAUGGAAGCCAGAGUGUGGUGGUCUCAAACCUGAACGCUUGGAGCAUGAAGCAAGCAGAGAUUGGCUAUGAGGGAAACAUUAGCUAUACCUAA